AUGCUUCAGGACAAGGAUAUGUCAUUAACCGGACUGCUUGCUUCUCAGCACGAACCUCAGUUCUUGGACUGUCUCCAAUUGUCUAAAUCACUGCAAAUGCUUCACCUGCAACGUGCCACUGUGAUGAUAGCCGACAAAAUCCGAGAUGCAGAGCACUUGACGAACCGAUGGUCUGUUGAGAAGGAACAAGAGAUUGCAGCGUGUAUUACGCCGAGAAAGGCAAGGCCCUCAUGGCAGAGUACAAGACCAAGCAAGAAACAUGAGAAAAAGGAAGAGAGUCCAGGGCAGCGGAGGCGGCUGCUCGUCCAGCAAAUCGUGCAGAGCAAGGCCGGCGGACCGUUUUUACCUCUUUACAAACAAUGA